AUGUUUCAAUGGGCGUUGAAUGGAAGAGAGGCAAAACUUCCAGUCAACCACAUACUGACACUUGAAACCGUUAGCGACUUUGGCACUUUCUUCGGUCGUCGAGGAAAGCUGCCAGAGUCCGAAAAUAUGUUCCGUCGAGCAUUGAAAGGGUUUGAGCAGGCGUUUGGACAUGAUUACCCAUCGACACUUUAUGCUGCCAAUAAACUGGGUUGUCUCCUCUUGAGACGAUAUAAGUGUCACCAGGUAAAGAACAUGUUCUUUCGAAUGCGAGAAGAGUAUGAGCAGGCCUCAGGGCCUCGUCGUACGUGGACAUUUGAGAUGAUAAACAACCGAGAUAGCCUCCGCGCAGAUCAGGGCAGGUUAGAUGAGGCCGAGCAAAUAUUCAAGUGGGCGCUGGAGGGAUCCGAGAAGGUACUUGGGCCCGAUCACACGUCAACGCUUGACACGGUCAACAACCUGGGCAUCCUCUACGCUGAUCAGGGCAAGCUAGAUGAGACGGAAGAGAUGUACCAACGGGCGCUGCAAGGAUAUGAGACCAGCUUUGGGUCUAACCAUCCGCGUUGUCGCAGUCUUCGUCGCGCUCUUGCUACGCUUCAAGAUCGUGUAGUGACUCAAUCACUAAGCACUAGAACUUAA